CCAGACGGUCUUCCUGGUUCUGUGAGUGGGCGGGGCGUCCCUAUGACUGGGACUAGGUUUUCGUGUUGGAGAGUCAUGGCCACUCGUCGAGCUCUGCACUUCGUUUUCAAAGUGGGGAAUCGCUUCCAGACGGUGCAUUUCUUUCGAGAUGUCCUGGGGAUGCAGGUUCUGCGUCAUGAGGAGUUUGAAGAAGGCUGCAAAGCUGCGUGUAAUGGGCCUUAUGAUGGGAAAUGGAGUAAAACAAUGGUGGGGUUUGGGCCUGAAGAUGAUCAUUUUGUUGCAGAAUUGACAUACAAUUAUGGCAUAGGAGACUACAAGCUUGGCAAUGACUUCAUGGGAAUCACGCUUGCUUCUAGCCAGGCUGUCAGCAAUGCCAGGAAGUUGGAGUGGCCACUCAGUAAAGUUGCAGAAGGGGUUUUUGAAACCGAAGCCCCAGGAGGAUAUAAGUUCUACUUACAGGAUAGAAGUCCGACUCAAUCAGAUCCUGUAUUAAAAGUGACUCUAGCAGUGUCUGAUCUCCAGAAGUCCUUGAACUACUGGUCUAAUCUCCUGGGAAUGAAAGUUUAUGAGCAGGAUGAGGAAAAGCAACGGGCUUUGCUGGGCUACGCUGAUAACCAGUGUAAGCUGGAGCUACAGGGCAUCCAGGGUGCAGUUGAUCAUGCCGCGGCCUUUGGAAGAAUCGCCUUUUCUUGUCCUCAGAAAGAGUUGCCAGAUUUAGAAGACUUGAUGAAAAGGGAGAGCCAAUCAAUCCUGACUCCCUUGGUGAGUCUGGACACCCCAGGGAAAGCGACAGUGCAAGUGGUCAUCCUGGCUGACCCUGAUGGACAUGAAAUUUGCUUUGUUGGGGAUGAAGCUUUUCGAGAGCUCUCUAAGAUGGAUCCGAAAGGAAGCAAAUUAUUGGAUGAUGCAAUGGCAGCAGACAAAAGUGACGAGUGGUUUGCUACGAGAAAUAAACCAAAGGCUUCGGGUUAGUGGAAGACACAUGAACAGCACUUACAACUCCAGUCCAGUCUGUUAUCAAUCUGGCACUUAUCUGUUUGAGAAAUGCUCCCACCACUUGGUGUGUUCUGCAUAGGAGGUCUGUGUGGUAGUUUCACUUUUCAAAGCUCUUUUUUGUUUGAGAAAUGAAAUAUUUUUAUCACUCUUGAUAGAGGCAAAUUCCUACUGUGUGUAAUUGUAUUAAAUUUGGUAACAAAUUGUCCAGACUAAGA